AUGAAGUAUGUGUUGGUGACAGGUGGUGUUGUGAGUGGACUUGGGAAAGGAGUCACUGCUAGUAGUAUUGGACUUCUCCUUCAAGCAUGUGGCCUUCGAGUUACUUCUAUCAAAAUCGAUCCCUACCUUAACACUGAUGCGGGGACAAUGUCUCCUUUUGAACACGGAGAAGUGUAUGUCUUAGAUGAUGGCGGUGAGGUUGACCUUGAUCUCGGAAACUAUGAACGUUUCUUGGACAUCAAAUUGACUCGCGACAAUAAUAUCACUACCGGAAAAAUAUAUCAGUCUGUUAUUGAGAAGGAGAGAAGAGGAGAUUAUCUUGGAAAGACUGUUCAGGUUGUUCCGCAUAUCACAGAUGCCAUCCAAGAGUGGAUAGAGCGUGUAGCUAAGAUACCGGUUGAUGGAAAAGAAGGACCUGCUGAUGUUUGUGUCAUCGAAUUGGGUGGAACUAUAGGGGAUAUUGAGUCUAUGCCUUUUAUUGAAGCACUUGGCCAAUUCUCAUACCGUGUAGGUCCUGGAAAUUUUUGUUUGGUUCAUGUCAGUUUGGUUCCUAUUCUCAACGUUGUUGGCGAACAGAAAACGAAGCCAACUCAGCACAGUGUUCGUCAACUUAGAGGAUUAGGUUUAUUCCCUAAUCUUCUUGCUUGCCGCUGUUCAAAGGAACUUGACAGCAGUACUAAGGCAAAGCUUGCUCAAUUUUGUCAUGUGCCGUUAUCAAAUGUACUUACUCUGCAUGAUGUUCCAAACAUUUGGCACAUUCCUUUGCUAUUGAAAGACCAGAAGGCGCAUGAGUCGAUCCUGAAAGCAUUAAACCUGCCGGGUGUUGCUGCACAGCCUAAUUUGAAGGAGUGGACUGUUAGGACAAAGAUUUAUGACAAAUGUCAUGAAACUGUUAGAAUUGCUAUGGUGGGAAAAUACACAGGCCUUUCAGAUGCAUAUCUUUCUGUUCUUAAGGCACUUUUGCACGCAUCUGUUGCUCAUAAUCGCAAACUUAUUGUGGACUGGGUUCCAGCUGGGGAUCUCGAAGAUGGUACCUACGGAGAGGAUCCCAAGGCUCAUACAGCUGCUUGGACUCUUUUGAAGGGUGCUAAUGGAAUUUUAGUUCCAGGAGGUUUUGGUGAUAGAGGAGUGCAAGGGAAAAUUCUUGCUGCUAAGUAUGCUCGAGAACAUAAUGUUCCGUAUCUCGGCAUUUGCUUGGGGAUGCAAAUUGCUGUUAUUGAGUUUGCACAGUCUGUUCUGGGUCUGCAUGGCGCUACUAGUGCAGAAUUCGAUCCUGAAACCAAGACCCCGUGCGUCGUAUUUAUGCCAGAAGGUUCAAAGACACAUAUGGGGGGAACCAUGCGUCUUGGAUCAAGGACAACUUACUUCCAAGUUGCUGACUGCAAAUCUGCAAAAUUGUAUGGUAAUGUAAGCUCUGUUGAUGAGCGACAUCGGCAUAGAUACGAGGUUAAUCCUGACAUGGUGUCUCAGCUAGAGAGUGCUGGUCUAUCAUUUGUUGGCAAAGAUGAAACUGGGAGUCGUAUGGAGAUAGUUGAACUGCCUAGCCAUCCAUUUUUUAUUGGCGUUCAGUUUCACCCCGAGUUUAAGUCCAGACCAGGAAAACCUUCUCCGCUCUUUUCAGGAUUAAUAGAAGCUUCUUGUGAACCAAAGAGGACAGUUACAAUGCCGAGCAACGGCCACAGCAAGAUACCUAAUGGAAUAUACAACGGACACUCGCCAAUACGGAAAGCUCACCAAAAUGGAAACGGCUUUAUAUCAUCCAACGGUUCCUUAAACGGUGUAUUCAGCAAUGGUAACGGAGUGUAUGUGGAUGGUAGUUGUUAG